AUGCUAAUUGGAAGCGAAGAAAGACCAGACUUAGCAUUCUACUACAAUCUGGAAGUGAGGAAAAUCACAGGAUACUAUCCAACUGUUUUCCAUUGGGCGAGAGCUGCUUUUGCAUCUGAUAAAAUUUCAAAUGAAGAAAAACAAAAUAUUUUAAAUGCUUUGCUUGAGUUUGAAGAACAAUGUCAGCCAGCUAAUUGCUAUGAUAAGUCACAGAUCCAAAGUAUUAUUGAAAGGUUCCCUAACGAUGCAGAAAGAAUCAGAAAUUGCUACGGAUCUUGA